UCUUACUUUUCGGCGAAUUUUUGGAAUUUUCUGCUAGCGCAUUGCCAACUGCUCUGGAGGUCCUCAGACAGCAAACGCGUUCAAUUGCUGAACUUAAAAGGAAAUCUCAGCUCAAGUUGUCUAAAUGGAACGAUGUCAAAACCAACGAAGAAGGAGACGACGGAAAAAAGUUGCAUUUUGUCAGUCCGGCGCGUAGGAAAUCAGUGCUGGCACCAAUUCUGAGCAAAAUCAAGAAUGGUACAGAUGCUUUGGAUGGUGAGAAAAAAGGCAACAGUGUUAUUGGUGGACUCAGUGGUGGUGGUAGUGGUGGCAUUAGCGGAGUUGGCGGCAUUUUGGGGAACGGCAUUAACGAUGGCAAUAGCCAUGUGACCGUGCAAAUUGAACCGGCUAAAAAGGUCAAGCGUCACAGCAUACACGGCAUGAUGGAGGAGGAGAAUAUAGUGCGGCCGCAUCAAGAGAUUCGACAGUUAACCUUGGAGGAGAAGAAAUUUCUAUUGGCGGUAGAGCGUGGUGAUAUGGCAGGGACACGAAGAAUGCUGCAAAAGGCACAAGAUACUGAUUAUAUCAAUGUCAAUUGUGUUGAUCCUUUGGGACGCACUGCCCUACUUAUGGCUAUUGACAAUGAGAAUUUGGAAAUGGUCGAACUACUCAUCAGUUAUAAUGUUGAUACCAAAGAUGCGCUUUUACACUCCAUAUCGGAGGAGUUCGUGGAAGCUGUGGAAGUGCUGUUGGAUCAUGAGAAUGUCACCUUUCAUACAGAGGGAAAUCAUAGUUGGGAGUCCCAAUCGGAGGACACUUCAACGUUCACGCCCGAUAUAACACCACUUAUUUUAGCUGCACAUCGUGAUAACUAUGAGAUAAUCAAAAUAUUGCUGGAUCGCGGAGCAGUACUGCCAAUGCCGCAUGAUGUAAGAUGCGGCUGUGACGAAUGUGUUCAAUCACGCCAAGAAGAUUCACUGCGACACUCACGUUCUCGCAUCAACGCCUAUCGUGCGCUGGCCAGUCCCAGCCUCAUUGCCUUGUCGUCAAAGGAUCCUAUUUUAACUGCAUUUGAAUUGUCAUGGGAAUUGAGACGUUUAAGUUUUCUCGAACACGAAUUUAAGAAUGAAUAUCAGGAAUUGCGCAAACAAUGUCAAGACUUUGCCACCGCUUUGCUCGAUCACACACGCACCUCACACGAAUUGGAAAUCCUAUUGAAUCAUGAUCCCACCGGUCCAAUCUAUGAACAUGGCGAACGUAUGCAUUUAAAUCGAUUGAAAUUGGCAAUCAAGUUGCGACAGAAAAAGUUUGUGGCCCACUCAAAUGUUCAACAACUUUUGGCCAGCAUUUGGUAUGAGGGUUUGCCGGGAUUUCGACGCAAAAAUAUGGCAUUGCAGGCACUGGAUAUUAUACGAAUUGGUAUAAUGUUUCCCAUAUUCUCAUUCGCCUACAUUUUGGCGCCAUACUCCAGUAUUGGACACACGAUGCGUAAACCAUUUAUCAAAUUUAUAUGCCACAGUGCCUCCUACUUUACUUUUCUAUUUCUACUGAUGCUCGCUUCACAACGCAUCGAAACAUUCAUUGGUGGCUGGUUUUGGAGCGAUACGAAAAACAUCAUCACACAAGUGGAAGAGGUGCCAACAAAGCGUGGCGCAAAACCAACUUUCAUCGAAUGGUUAAUACUGGCUUGGGUUAGUGGUUUAAUUUGGAGCGAAGUCAAGCAGCUGUGGGAUGUCGGCCUGCAGGAGUAUCUCAACGAUAUGUGGAAUGUCAUCGAUUUUGUAACAAAUUCACUUUAUGUGGCUACGGUGGCAUUGCGCGUGGUGUCUUUCUUUCAGGUGCAAAAAGAAAUGAUCAUUAAUCCGAAUGCCACCGAUUUGCCGCGAGAGCGUUGGGACACUUGGGAUCCAAUGCUCAUCUCGGAGGGCCUCUUUAGUGCGGCAAACAUUUUCAGUAGCCUCAAAUUGGUAUACAUCUUUUCGGUGAAUCCACAUUUGGGACCACUGCAAGUGUCUCUGUCGCGUAUGGUUAUGGAUAUCAUGAAGUUUUUCUUUUUGUACGUGCUCGUGCUAUUCGCCUUUGGCAGUGGCUUGAAUCAAUUGCUGUGGUACUAUGCGGAUUUGGAGAAGAAGCGUUGUCCUGAAGUUUCGCCCACGAAUGUGCUCAUGAACAUGAAUGGCACUACCGAUCCGAAUGCUUGCAUUGUGUGGCGUCGAUUUUCGAACCUCUUCGAGACCACACAGACACUAUUCUGGGCCGUUUUUGGUCUAAUCGAUUUGGACAGUUUUGAGUUGGAUGGCAUCAAGAUAUUUACGCGUUUCUGGGGUAUGCUGAUGUUUGGCACAUAUUCGGUUAUCAAUAUUGUGGUGCUACUGAAUCUGCUUAUUGCUAUGAUGAAUCAUUCAUAUCAAUUAAUUUCGGAGCGUGCCGAUGUUGAAUGGAAAUUCGCGCGUUCCAAACUAUGGAUAAGUUACUUUGAGGAGGGUGGCACCUGCCCACCACCAUUUAAUAUCAUACCAACACCGAAAUCUAUCUGGUAUGCGUUCAAAUGGGCGCGCAGAGUGUUCUGCAGUGGGUCGUCGGCAGCCAGAAGAGAGCAUCUAAAGACAAUACGGCGCAAAGCACAGCAGGCGAGUGAUCGCGAUUUCAAGUAUCAGCAAAUAAUGCGCAAUUUGGUGCGUCGCUAUGUGACGGUGGAGCAACGUAAGGCCGAGUCGCAGGGCGUCACCGAAGACGAUGUGAACGAAAUCAAGCAGGACAUAUCGGCUUUCCGUUGUGAAUUGGUGGAGAUUUUGAAGAAUAGCGGUAUGGAUACUAAUGUUACAGCUGGACAAGGUGGAGGUGGCGGUAAGAAGAAUCGCCAGAAGGAACGUCGACUUAUGAAAGGUUUUAAUAUUGCGCCACCCGGUUCUACGGGUUCACUGGCGCCAGUUGCGGAAUUCUCCACCUCUUUAGACAAUUUCGAUUCGCAACACGAAAUACUCAGCUCCACACUAUCGAAUCUUUUCAAUUCAAAUUUUAUACACAAGAAUCCGCAGAAUGGCAAUACUAAUGGCAAAGAAUCGCCUACAAAUGGAACUACUACAACAACAACUACAAUACAAACAACGACAAAAUACAAUAAAUCCGCGUUGAAGCCUCACAACAAACGCAUUGCGGGACACAAGAAACGUUGGGGUACGCUCAUCGAGGCUGCUAAGGUGGGUAAUGUUUCGAAAAUGUUAGGCCGUUCGAAGUCAGAGGACUCAGUGUGCAAUUCCUCCGCAAACUCAUCGCCAGUUCAUGGCCAGGUGCGCGUGACUUAUGCACAGAAUUCUGCACAGCAUUACAUAACCAACGGUGACCCAACUACUGGCAAUCAGCAUGCAAACGCCCACACUCCAGCACACAGCGCAGUGCACGCGAGCACAUUUAUGAAGGAUCACACCAACAGCUUAAAUAGCGGUAGCGGUAACAGUGUCAGCAGCAAUGGUAGUGGAGCUUCGCAUUUCUUUCACACAACAACCGGUCUCACUGCCAUAGCCGCUUUGAAAAAGAAACGCAAGAAGUUUUCAUCGAGUAAAAAUAUCUGCCCCGUUAACGAAUCUAUGUCCACUGCCAAUGGAUCGGAGGCAGCAUUGAACGACAAGUCGCUUAAGCGCGUCUCCAGCUAUCCAGCAUCACAUACCGAUGGCGUCACGCCAUGUGGCAAAGAUGCCACAAUCAUCGCCAAACCACGUCGCCAUGAACAGACACAAAGUCAACACGACUCUGUCGAAACGUCGACGGAAUUUACACUCUCCAGUGAGACACACCACUUGGAUCCAUCCAAUACAUCCGUCAAUUCACGUGAACCACUAAUAAGUGGCAGUUAUGCAUCGACCAGCAUAAUGGGUUAAGCCUCGAAGUCAAAAUAUAAAAGAAGUAGGUUAUUUAGUGCACAAACAUGGGCGAUUCAUAUGCAUACCUACAUACAAUUGACUUGAAACAUUUUAUAAGCAAAAUGCACUCAUAAAAGGAAAAACUAAAGAAACUUAAAGAAAACAGUGUAAAAGUUGAUCUCGAACAGAUGGGAAAAUAUGUAAAAGAAAGAAAUUUACAACUACAUAUUCAUGCAUUUACAUACAUACAGACAUAUAUUAUCAUUAAGCACAAUUGCAUGCAUACUUACCUGGCACUUAUAUAAGUACGAGCAUACAACUCGUUAUACAAGGUGGCGCAAAAUUAAUCACCCUAUCGGAAGAUUUAUAAUUUUUGCAAAUGGCGUCGUACGUCAUACACAUUUGACGCUUGUGACGUAGACGACUGCAUUUUACAAACUGGUAAGCACUGGAGCGUUCCCAUGACCGGCGGUUUUAUGUUACUAGAACAACUAGGAUUUAUAUCCGACUCAGGACUGUCAUUCCCCGUACAUAUAUGGGGAAUUUUUAUGCUGCUACAAUAAAAACAACAACAACCAUCGCUCACAAUUAUUUUUUAUUUAGUCAAAAAAGUUAUUCACAAACCAAAUUCGAUGAUUAAUUUUGCGCCCCCACAUAUCACAUUUACAAGUAAAAUCCAAGUAAACAGCACCAUAAGAAUUUCACGAAUACAAUCAAAUAGCUAUACACAUACAUAUUUAUAUAACAACUCCAUAUGGAAAUCUUAGAAAAUUGCACUUAAAAAGGUGUACACUUCAAUGAGCAGAAACAGGCGCGCGUACCCAGGAUAAACUGCAUUGAAUGUUUAAAUCCUAAAUUCAAUCCAAAUUCUUACCUUAAUUAUCAUACAAUCCCUUCAGAGAUGCCUGACUUUGAAGAUGGAUUCCUAUAAAAAUCGUUCAGCCUCGGUUAGAUUAGAUUUUGUGCCUUUUUUUAUUAAAGAAGUUCUUUGUCAUCCAAAUUGAGAUCCAUUUUUUAUGAAAUUAGAAUCAGUCUGUCGGUUUAGAAAGCGAAGAAGUUCGCCUCUAAUUUAAGUCUUCUUUUCACUGAUUGUGAACUAUUUCUUCUUUUGUUUUCUUUCCAUUAGCCUCCUACUUUUCCUACAGAAAGAAACAAAAAUGGACUGCUACUCGUACAAAGUAGACGAAAUAUAAUAUAAUGCAGGGCGGGUGAGAGACCCCCAGCACGUAUAUAUUUUUCUAUCUAAAAAGUAAUGUAGCGGUGGCGAUUGGCCCCAGCACACGCUAAAUUCUAUUUACAAAAAGAAAAUCUCUACAGCGCGUAGUGGAAGGAGUUCACAGCAAUUUUUUGAUCAUUUUAAAACUUUUCAAUGAAAAAUAAGUUCAAAAAAUGUGUUGGCCCUUAAUUGUUGGUAUUAUGUUUUAUUGUUGUGUGUGUGUUUCCAGAUAUGUUGUUGCAUUUAUGCACGUUUACAUUUACAUUAUUCAUUCGUCGAUAUCUAUUCCACGUCAAAUUGCAUUUAAAUCAUUGCAUCCACCGCCCAAUCUCACGCCACGCAUUUAAAACAUUAUCGUUGUUAGUGUUAAUCGCUUGCACCGAACACACAAACAUUACCACCAGCGAAUUACAUAAUCAUAAAUUAAACAACUACUCAUAUCAAUGUUAAAAGUUGCCUUAGAACGAAAUUUUUUUAUAUAAAAACAAAAAAAGCAGUCGAAAUAAUUAUAAAUAAAAAAAUUAAAAAAUACAAAUCGUACAUAAAACAUAAUAAAGUUUUGGAUGAAUAUUUAUGAAAACAGUUAAUUUAAUAAUAAAAAUACUACUAUAUAUUUAAAAAAAUGCAAAAACAGCAACAAUAGCGGCAAAGCAAAUAAGCAAACAAACGCCUAUAAAAAUUACAAACAAAAUAAUUAAAUAAAAAUAAGUGGUAGGCAUUUGUUAAUAUUAAAACCAAUUAAGACAGCAAUAAAUACUAUGGCAAAAAGGUUUACGGGGCAAAAAAUAUCGGUAGAGCUAAAACAAUAAUAAAAUAACGCAUCCGUACAGUGGCUGCAACGCUUAAUCGUACAGACUCAGCGUUCAAUUUUAUUUCGCAGCAGAAUUUCGGAACUGUAAAUUAAUUAAAUCUCGCAAAAAGCAAGUUUUUCACUUAUUUAAAGUCAUAUGAUGUUCUGGAGACCGACAUCCAGAGCAUACUCAAAUUAUGGAGGGAACACUUCUCGAACUUGCUAAAUAGUGACAACUGCGCAUGUCAUAGAGAAUAUGAAAAUCCCAAUACCCCAAUCGUUGACGACGGGACUGUCAUUCCGCUAUCCGACUAUGGCGAGGUGAGAAUAGCGAUAACGCGGGAGCCGACGGACUGCCGGCUGAGCUCUUCAAACAUGGCGGCGAGGAGCUGGUAAAGUGCACACAUCAGCUCCUAUGCAAAAUAUGGUCGGAUGAAAGAAGGGUGAUCCUGAAAUGUGGGCCAAUUACGCAGGAUUAGUCUUUUAAAUAUCGUCCAUAAGGUUCUAGCGAGUGUAUUUUGUGAAAGUCUUGGAAAAUACCCUUGAAAUAAGAAUCGAUACACAUAAUCUUUUUGUCGAUUUUAAAGCUGAAAAGGAGUUGCCUAUAUACCGCGAUGCCGAUAUGCCGCGGCCGCCGUAGCCGAAUGGGUUGGUGCGUGACUACCAUUCGGAACUCACAGAGAGAACGUAGGUUCAAAUCUCGGUGAAACACCAAAAUUAAGAAAAAGUUUAUUUCUAAAAACGGUCGCCACUCGGCAAGCAAUGGCAAACCACCGAGUGUAUUUCUGCCAUGAAAAAGCUCCUCAUAAAAAAAAUCUGCCGUUCGGAGUCGGCU